AUGAGGUUCGGCCAGCAGCUGAAGCAGUCGCUCAACAAGGACUGGCUCUUCUACUACAUCGACUACGAGGACCUGAAGACGGCCCUGCGCGUGCACCACACGUGGGAUGAGAAGUCGGAGCAGAGCUUUGUCGAGCAGCUCGAGAAGGAGCUCGACAAGGUCUACAGCUUCGUGCGCGUCAAGAGCGAGGAGAUUAUCCGCCGCAUAGCAGCCUCGGAGAAGGAAGUCAACAGUGCGGUCGCCCGCUCGCAACAACACCUGCAGUCCCAGCAGGCCGCCCAGGACGAGGACCCCUUUGAGGAGGACUUUGAUCUGCUGGAGGAGGAUCUCAGCGAUGUCAUUGCAGACGUCCACGACCUGGCCAAGUUCACCCAGCUGAACUACACGGGCUUCCAGAAGAUCAUUAAGAAGCACGACAAAAACACCCGCUGGAUGCUCAAGCCCGUCUUCGCCGCCCGUCUCAAGCGCAAGCCCUUCUUCCAGGACAACUACGACAACUAUGUCGUCAAGCUCUCCAAGCUCUACGACAUCGUCCGCACCCGCGGCAACCCCGUCAAGGGCGACUCCUCCGCCGGUGGAAAGCAGCAGAACUUCGUCCGCCAGACCACCAAGUAUUGGGUGCACCCUGAUAACAUUGUCGAGCUGAAGCUCAUCAUCCUCAAGCAUCUGCCUGUGCUGGUUUUCAACCCUAACAAGGAGUUCAACGAGGAGGAUGCAUCCAUCACAUCCAUCUACUUCGACAACACAGACACGUGGGAGCUGUAUGAGGGUCGUUUGAAGAAGACAGAAGGCGCCGAGGCCAUUCGUCUGCGCUGGUACGGAGGCAUGAACAGCGACACCAUUUUCAUCGAGCGAAAGACCCACCGUGAGGACUGGACCGGUGAAGAGUCGGUCAAGGCCCGCUUCAAGCUCAAGGAGAAGAACGUCAACGACUACCUCAAGGGCAAACUGCUGCCGUCAAAAAUCUUCGAGAAGGAGCGCAGGGAGCAGAAGAGGCCCGAGAAGGACAUUGCGUCUGACGAGCAGCUCGCGCGCGAGAUCCAGUACCGUGUCAUCGACCGCAGCCUCGUACCCGUUACGCGUUCCUUCUACCACCGUACUGCCUUCCAGCUUCCUGGUGACGCUCGCGUCCGUAUUUCUCUCGACACUGAGCUUACCAUGACCCGUGAGGACAACCUGGAUGGCAAGAAGCGUGCCGGCGACAACUGGCGCCGCACAGAUAUUGGCGUCGACUGGCCGUUCAAGCAGCUGCCUGCUGAGGACAAGGAGCUGUUUCCCUAUGCUGUUCUUGAAGUCAAGCUGCAGACGGCAGCUGGUGCUGAAGCGCCGCAGUGGAUUCGCGACUUGACUGCAUCGCACCUGGUCGAAGCUGUGCCCAAGUUCUCCAAGUACAUCCACGGAACUGCCACCUUGAACCCGUCGAGGAUUAAUCUGAUCCCCUACUGGUAUCCCCAGAUGGACGUCGACAUCCGCAAACCCGUCAGCCACAAGUUUGGCAUCAUGCGACCAGGCGCUAGCAAUGAUAUUAGUACUAGCAACACUCUUGACGACGACAGCGACGACGAUGAUGCCGUCAUGGGUCUCCCUUCUGCUAACAGCGGCCAAGAUGACGAGCAGCUGAGAAGGCUCCGCGAAGCUCGCGAUGCCAUGGAGCAAAACGAGAUUGCGCGCACCAGGGAAUACGGGACCCUGACCAAUGGCAAUGACCCUAACGCACUUGACAUCGAAGAGCGCGUCGCCUCCCAGCGCAACAACGGUGACAACGACUAUCCUAUUUACGACUCGGACAGUGACGACGAAGACGACGAUCUUGAAGAGGCAAAGCGCGUCGGUGGUCUCCGCUACGCCAAGAAGUGGACAGAGCAUACGGCUAAGAACGUCGGCACUGCUCUUAUCAACGGCGUCAGUUUGUUGCUCCACCCCAAGCCCACUGACGUCGGAGAAGGCGGUUUCUCCCUCGGCGUACCGACAUGGAAACAGCAGGGCGAAGUGAAGCGCUUCAAGGCCCCCAAGGGCAAGCGCAUCCACGUCCCUGUCCGCGUCGAACCCAAGGUACAACUCGCGACCGAGCGCACCUUCCUCUCGUGGCUUGAGUUCAGCAUCCUCAUCGGUUCCAUCGCCGCGACCCUGCUCAAUUUUGGCGACGGUCUGGCAUUUGCAGCCGCUUGGGCAUUUACCAUCAUCGCAUGUCUGGCGCUGCUCUACUCGGUCGGCUUGUACCUCUGGCGCGUGCGCAAGAUCAAGGAGAGGAGAGCGGUCGUGUACCACGACAAGUGGGGUCCUUCGCUGCUUUGCCUGGGCCUGUUGAUUGCCGUGGCCGUCAGCUUUGGGUUCAGGCUGGGCAAGGGCGGGUACGACGGUGGACUGAAGGGCGAUCUGAAGGGUAAGUUUGGUGCCUAA